GAUAAAGGUGUCGAGUUUUGAGUCCAGUUUCGAGCAUUUCCUAACGAAGAAAACGUCAAUUCCGGAAGAGUCCACUGCCAGUCCUGCCACCAUGGUACCAUUUUGAACUCCAACUGACUCUUUCUCCUGUCCUCUCCAAAAUCCAAUGGCGGCUUCAUCAGUUCCCCUUCAUCAUGUCAGUGGGUGUUUCACCUAUCCCCGCUGGGAAAGGAAUAUCAUCAUGGUCAUAUUCAUGGGUGGUGGUCACCAACACCAAUAACCAGGAAUCAUUUGAGACCCAUUAAUGCUUCGGUGGAAACUCCUCCUUUUCCACUAUUUCAGCCUCCCCCACUCCAACAAUCUCCCUCUCAGGUAAAUGCCCCUGGCUUUUCAAUCCACUACUCCAAUCCUCUUUACUUUUGCUUUCGGGUUUUUAACACCUUCCCUUCUCUUUGCUACUUCACCGUUUUCCUCGCAACUGGAGCCUGCCGACCCUGAUUUCUACAAGAUAGGUUAUGUUCGAAGUAUGAGAGCUUAUGGAAUUGAGUUUAAGGAAGGACCUGACGAUUUUGGAGUUUAUGCCUCCAAAGACGUUGAACCUCUUCGUCGUGCCAGAGUUAUCAUGGAAAUACCUUUAGAAUUGAUGUUGACAGUAAGGCAGAAGCUGCCAUGGACGUUCUUCCCUGACAUAGUGCCAAUAAGUCAUCCCAUAUUUGAUAUCAUACACUCAACCAAUCCUGAGGUGACUGAAUUUGUCCUUGAUAUCAAACACUUAAUUAUGAUACAAGUAUUCUGCAUUUAUUAUUCAAUUUAGUAAAUGAACUAGCAGACUAAUGCUUCUGUUCUUUCAAUGCAAUUUAUGGGUAUUUUUCUUGGCAGACAGAUUGGAUUUGAGAAUGACAUGCCUUCUUUUGUAUGCAUUUGAUAGGGAUGAUAACUUUUGCGACUAUAUGGAGACUUCUUACCUAGUGCAGAUGAGUGCACUAGCUUGCUUCUUGCUAUGGAGGUGUGUAAACAAUCAUUUCAAUGUUAAUUUUUCUUGCUUUUUCUUUGUUUUGAGUUCCCUUUUUUUUUCUAAAUUAAAUUUUUGGUCUUCGAUGAAUUAAUGGGGUAAGAGAGAUAUAACUUGAUGAUGGCAUAGAAGCAUUAAAUUUGGUUGUUGAAUGGAAAAGGAUAUGGAUUGUUGGAUGUCAAAUACACACACAAACACACAUACUGCAUCAUGUUGCGGAGAACUUUAAUUUUGUAUGAAGUGUUUGUUAGUAUUAUUUUG